AUGGAGCCUCAGGAGAUUCUCGGCGCAACUACGUACAGCCAGAACACUGGUAGUGCAUCAGACAAGUUCCUGGCCUCAGUCUUCGGGUACUUUUCUGUGGAAGAUCCUAUUGACGACUUUCUAAAAGACGUAGAGUGGUUUGCAUCGGAUUUUGUUGAUUGCUUUGUCCUUAAACGCAAGUGCCAGAACUACUGGGACAAGAUUGUUACGCAGGCAACGAUUCCUCAAGUAACACAACCGUUCUUUAAAACUUGUGAGAAUGCAUCCAAUGCCUACACAGUUAAAUCGUUGUAUUUACGUGACACAUUUCUCCUGACUGAUAUCCAGCUACAUCUUCAGCGAAAAUCGUUUGAUUUAGCCUUACUAGAUUGUAUAAAGAUUCAGGUGCGAUCUGACAUCAAAUCCCAGAAACAAGCAAAACGUCUCGCGAUGUUCCUGUAUGUUGCUUGCAAGCUCCUUCUUGUUAACGGAUAUGUCAACGGCAAGUUUGACGACAUUGCAACCAGCCUUUUCAACGGAGAGAUUGCCUCUCUAUUGGUCACUGCCUUCAACGCUAUCUCUCCUUGGGUAGGGGAGCGCCCAUUUAUUUUUGAGCCGAUUAUCUCUCUUCUUGCAGAAGUAUUCCUUUACGCAUUUGGGUGUACAAAGAAUAGGCACAAGCACGAGAAUAUCCACAAGAUAUUUGGCAAGUUAUUGAAGAAGGAAGAGGCAUCCUCGACAUCCUCAGUGUCUAUUGUGGACGUAUGUCUCAGGGUUAUUGUAUCUAACAGUGCCAAGAGUUCUAUCACUAACAUGUCAGAAGCCAGGCGACUCCCCGUUCAGAAUCUUGAUAUCCGCAUGCUGCUUGCGUCCUGCAGGCUCUUGCUCUGCGUCCUCAGCGUGCAGAAUAAUGAUGACGAAACUCGAGUCAUAGACUACAUAGAGCGCAAGAUUAGGGAGCUCUGCCCCGUGCAAGGUGCUCACUAUCAGGCUCUCCCUCACUUGCUGUCUCUCCUGGUAAAUCUUAUUGAUCAAAUUAAGCCAGACUCGCCGCUUUCUCAAGAUGUGAUAAGCUUCCUCAAAGAAGCUAUCGUAGCACUAAUCCUUUGUACUAACUAUGAUAGGAAGCUAGUGGACCUUUUCAAUGCUGAGUUUUGCACAUCCGUUGGUAAUAUUUCAAAGCUUAUUGAGACUCUCUAUACCACUGAGAUUGGAGGCGCUAAAGCAAAGGACUUCUCUGCUUUGACGCAGAUCUUAUUUGAUGUUUUGCACGCCUCUGUGUUAGGCAAUCCCAUUCGGCGACAUAUGAAUAGGACGCUUUUACUGCAGAGCAACUUGCUAUCCUCCACUAACAUUCUAGGAUAUUUCUGGUGUCAACGAUAUCACUAUACAAUUACUAUUUAUACCGAUAUCAUUAUGGACAUACAGCGCGACGAGUGUAAAACCGGUUGUGACUCAAAGAACGGUGCUAAGCAAAAUGGUAAGAAGGAUAAGAAUCUUCUAGCGUUGUCAAAUAAGAAGAUACAAAGCAAAGUAUUGAAAGAUGACUCUAUGCAAUUAACGAUACCGGUGAGCUGGGCGUUUAUAGAUUGUUUUGUGGAGUAUAAUGAGCGUGAUCAGUUGGAACUUUUACCUCUCAUCUAUUCGUUAUGUACUAAAACAAGAGAAAUAUUGGCAAUAUAUAUACCUUCGUAUUGUAGGGUUUUUGCUGGUAAUAAACAGCUCAGUAGAUCGAGGUUGAGGUACUACAGAAGUAAGUACAACAGUAGUAAGAAAUCAUUACCUGAAUGCUUAGAUGAUGAGGUAGUAGAACACGACCCUUACUCGAGGCAACUGGGCUCUUGCUUAGCUUUUGAGCUUCGUGUAGAGCUCCAUGAUAUCCACUAUAGCACCUGUGACUUGAUCUCUCAAGUGCAGCGUCGCGACUCUUCCGUUGGCUUGUUUUUCCACUGGUAUCAUCCAUCUGUUGGCCUUCACAUUAAAAUUGUGAAGUCGCUUCAAGCAAGCUUUGCAACGGCGUACUUCACUGAGUCCGGAGGCGGCGUAGGUAUGCACCGCCUCUUUUGCCUGAGCGAAUUCAAUAACAUACAGCUUCCGAGCUGUUCUUUUACUGGGUACGGAUACUCUACCGUGUCAUCCCAGCCAUUCUCAUAUAUCGAAGACGUCUUAAAAGAGGUAUGUGAAAGGGUAUAUCGGGACGAUUCUUCAGUUGAUGUCUCAAUUAGGCUAAAGGAACUAGAGAGUGCAACAAAGACAAAUACGGAACUAACGCUGUAUAGCCCCACCCCUGAUACCCAGUCGAACGUUGCUGUCUUCAAGGACCUUACUUUGCACGUUGAUGGGAAGAGAAUGAGUCACCGUAAAGAGUUCACGCGCAAAACUCUCAGGCCUUCUCAGUUUAAGGCCCUCCUGUAUGCUGCGCUCUCUCCUCUGACUCUCAUCUUGGGGUGCCCUGGAAGUGGGAAGUCGACAACUCUGGCGCACAUCUCGAAGAUGUUUCUGCUGGAGGAAGGUGCCCAAUCCAAGUGGGUUCCUGCCCUGGAUGCUAAUGGAGUGGAGCGGAAUAGACCAAAGUGGAACCGAUUCAAAGACCUCUUCUUUUCCUCGAUCAGAACAUAUGAGAGUGUCACUGAAAUGGUGCUAGCCGAGGAUGUUGGCGUCCAGCUUUUUAUCACCGCACACAGCAACAAUGCCGCCGACCAGUUGACACGCUACAUCCUCGAGAUGGAUGGGUGGGACAAGACGACUCUCCCCUUCAUAGUUAGAUUGGGGAGUCAGUCGCUUGACUCUAAUGUUCUUAAGUUCAUGCCCAUAUACUAUCUCUAUCGGAUUGCUCUGGAGCUGGACGUGCGACUUGAUUCAUCAUAUGAUGAGGAAGACAAGUUGAGAACAGGAGAUUUGAUCGUUCAUUUUACAUCUAUCUCCGAGGCAAUACAAUGCCAUAUAUUGGGGUCUAAUUCGUCAAAGGUAUAUGCAAGAUUAACAAGAUCUCAGAGAGAUGUCCUGUAUUGUAUUCUGAAAGAUAUGAAUUUCUUCAAUCAUAAGCUCUUGAGCUCGGCGACCAUCAUUGUCAGCACCACCUCUGGAUUUAGCAUAUAUCUGCGCUAUUUCACUGACGUGGCCACCGAUGGCCUUGAAGAUUCCCUUCCUUUUGAUCCCUUAAAGGGUAGCUCGAAGGUCUAUGAUGGAUAUGGCAGAUCAAUGUACAACCAACUUUCUUGCUUCAGUGGCGGGUCCCAUAUAUUGCGAACGAAUAGUUACAGCGACGUCCUGGUCGACUAUGACCACACUCCCUCUAAUCACACCUCCUACCAUUCUAACUUGGUGAAAAGUACUACUGCAUUUAACACAGGCGAAGGGGGCCACCACAGGUACCUGAUUGUCGAAGAGGCGGCGCGCCUUUCAGAGCACGAGUUUGCGUCCUUCUUGGUCGCCCCUUUCGACAAGAUCAUUCUACUCGGGGAUAUCCUCCAGCUCCCGCCCCUCAUCCAGGAUCUGACCAUCGCGAGCUCCGGGGCCCUCGACUGGUCUGUCUUCCACCGCAUUUGCUACUCUCCGCGGGUCAGCGUGCCGAUUGUGGCCUUGGAGGAACAGGCACGAAGCGUUCCAGAGAUUGCUGACCUCUACCGCUCUUUGUAUGAAUCGUCUCUACCUAGAUAUUGCUCAAUAAAGGGUGGCCUGCGAGACAUCCCUGGAGUCAAAUUCGAUAGCUUUGUGGACCAAGCGAUCCUGGAAAGGUUCCAUGGGAGGUGCUUCUGUAUUCCGAGCAAGAGCAUAUCUACAUAUGCUAAUUUGAUUACUGAGACAGACAGAGCGCUAACCGACUUCUGUCAGCAAAUGAAAGAGUAUCAAAUUAUCAAGAAGCAACCUGAAGACGCGAAGUCAAAGAAAAAAAGAGGCGGAGACAUCAGAUUGGCAGAGACUAACAGGGACGAGAUUAAGCUGAUCUCCUAUCUUCUUUAUAGUACUCUUGUGCAGGUCACGAACAUGAUUUUCUCUGGGUCUCACUUGGAUAAGCUUGCGUAUGACUCGCGAGAGCAAGAGUAUUAUCUCCAUUUUAGCAUUGCUAUAUUGUCGCUCUAUAGUGCACAGGCCGCCCUGCUAAAAUCGGACCGAUUUAUUUCGGAUGUCACUAGUGUAUUUAAGGACCUCAGGCUACCUGCAGGCAAUGAUAGGAGGGUACGUUUGAGUGUUGACAUAUCCGUUUCCACGAGUGACGCGUUCCAGGGUCUAGAGGCAGACGUCGUGUUUCUCUCAAUGGUAAAGCGCACUACUACUGAUUUCAUCGAUAGUCUUCCACGCGCGCUUGUUGCAGUCAGCAGAGCGCGACGACUGGUCGUCUGUGUUGGAAUGGCAGAUAAGUCUAAAAAUGAGAUCUGGAUGAAUGUGGCCAAGCAGCAGGAGUUGGAUUUUUCAAAUCUGCUCAGUGAAGCGUAA